UUACAGUGUUUACUUAUUUAUUGGCUUUUAGUUGUACUUAAAAGACUACUAUGCAAUAGCCUUUCAAUUUAAUGCCAUGUUAUGUGUUGACAUAAAAUCUUAUAUUAGUUUCUUAAGCCUCUUGUUGAAAUGAACAAUUAUCAUCAAUAAUGGGAUACACUCCAAAUACACUAAUGGUAGCAAUGGUACUAGCCAUACCAUGGUUCGCAAAACUCUCUCUAACAACCUUUGUGAGCAUCAAUUGUGGAUCCUCCGAACCUUUCACCGAUCCACAAACCAACAUAACAUGGACACAAGAUGAGGCAUACAUUGAACAUGGCCAAUCCUUCAAUGUCUCUUUAGGGUUAGGCCCAUUCAGCACCCUUAGGGCAUUCCACACUUUGAAGAAGAAUUGCUAUGAAAUUGAAGUCCAAAAGGGAGAAAAGGUUCUUACUAGGGCAAGUUUUUUCUAUGGGAAUUAUGAUAACAAGUUUUCUCCUCCUAUAUUUGAUCUUAUAUUUGAUGGUAAUUAUUGGGGAACAGUGAUUACAUCAAUUUCAGAUCAUGUGGAUUAUGAAGCUAUAUAUGUUACUAAGGGAAACUACACCAACGUUUGUGUUUCUCAAUCAAACCCUAAUCAUAUUCCUUUCAUCUCAUCAAUUGAAGUGCGUGGUUUGGACCCUCAAAUGUACAACCAUCUUCAUCAAAAUCAUUCCUUGAUUUUGCUUAGUAGACGUGCUUUUGGUGCAAAUCAAACUGUCAGGUACCCUGAUGAUGUGUAUGAUCGAAUUUGGAUUGCAAAAAAUAGUGAUCAAGAGUUUAUAUAUAGCAUCCAAAGUGAGGCAUUGGACAUCAACAUUAGCACAGUGGAAGAUCAACCACCAAAAUCUGCAAUCCAAAAUGCAUUCACACUCCCAAACACAACCUUUGGAAUUCAGUACAAUAUAUCUUCACUUCUUCAAUCAACAUCAGAUACUAAUAAUAAUUAUAGUAAUUACUAUUACUAUAAUAAUAAUAAUGUUCCACUUUACAUCAACACAUAUUUCUCCGAAGUGAUGGAAAAUGCAACAACUGGCACAAGAUCAAUACAAAUAUAUAGAGGCAAUAAUAAUAAUAAUAAUGAUGGACCAUUCUCAUCAUCAUCAAGGCCCAUAAUCCCUCCUUUUGGAAGUGUUGAAGAGGUGCACAUUAACAUGUCAAUUUCAUUAGAUAGUAGUAUGAAUUCGCUUUAUUUUCAUGCAAGUCCUGGUUCAACUCUUCCUCCUUUGAUCAAUGCUGCGGAAGUUUAUAGAAUUGAACCAUUAGCUCAAGGAACUGACUCUAGAGAUGUGGAAGGAUUGAGGCAACUGCGAUUGGCAUUUAAAACAUUAUCAGAAUGGAAAGGUGACCCUUGUCUUCCAUUUCCAUACGCUUGGGAAUGGAUUCAAUGUACUGCUGAUCCUAAACCUCGCGUAAAAGCAUUGAAUCUUAGUAGCUAUGAUCUUCAUGGGAUUCUUCCAGAUAUGAGGUCAAUGGAUGCACUUGAAAUUAUAGAUUUGCAUAACAACACCAUUGAAGGCCCCAUUCCUGAAUUUCUUGGUUUCUUGCCUUUGCUUAGAGUGCUGAAUUUGUCAUACAAUAGUUUUAAUGGUUACAUACCGAACUCCUUAAACAAUACAGACAUUGACAUUGACAUUAGUCAUCUCCCGGAACUGCAAAAUGUAUCCAUUACAACCACUAGUGAUUCCCCAACAAGAAUGUCAUUCGAACUACACAUAUUAUUGCUUAUAAUUGCAAAGCAGGUUUUAAUAUCUCUGUGGAUGAACUUUCAAUAAUUGAUGCAGAAUUUUCUGUUACCGUAAGUUUGUAACACAUGUUCAAACUAAAUUAUAUAUAAAACUUAUCAGACAAUUUUUUGCGUUAA